AUGAUUAAUGUGCAGGGUGCAUCCUCUACAAACCCAAAUGAAAAUCCGAACGCAGGCGAUGGAGUUGAAUUUUCCCCCGAUGAUUUGACGUACGAGGAUCUAGCAAAUGCAGCCUGGACGCCACUCUCCGGAUCUGCUCCUGAUGGUUCCCCUGCCUUUAUUCAAAUGGCAAUGAAAUCGAAAGAGAAAGGAAUUAAUGCAAACCCAUACAAGGAGGAUUACAUAUUUGGCAAGAUAGGCACUUGCGUGGGAUACUUUCAUAUCACUACUAAGGAAGCCUACGCAAUCUUGUCCAAGAGGAUUAGUGCUCGAACCAAAAGGUUUGAGAACGACGUCGCACUAGCAACGUGUUGCACGCUCGGCCUUUGCCGCGGUGCUAAAUGGAAGAAGAAAAUGGACGCGGAUAUCGAGAUUCUAAAGAUAACAAACUCAAUCACUGAAGCUCGGUCAACAGCUGGUGCACCCUUCGGAAAGGUUGGAAUUCCUGAAAGGUACAAGGACGAUAAGCAAGUGACUAGUAGGCACUACAGUGAAGCAGGGGCCUGGCUAUUCCCAGCGGCAUACUAUGAAUGUGGUGGAGGCUGUGGAGGUGGGGCGAUAGGUAAAGGCAAUUCUUCGUCAAAAGGUGGUGCAUCGGCUUGUGGUGCGGCGGCUUGUGGUGUUGCAGCUUGUGCUGGAGGAGGUUGUGGUGGUGGUGGAUGUGGCGGUGGAGGUUGUGGUGGUUAA